AUGUUGUUGACUUUUUUAGGAUCCUGUCUUUACAAUCUAUAUGGACCACAAGGAAAUUUUAGCACUCCAAACUACCCACAAAACUACGGCCACAAUGUCCAUUGUACUUGGCUUAUUACGACAUCACCAGGUUCUUACAUUUUCCUCCGCUUUGAUCAUUUCCAUCUGGAGGGUAGUCAUGGAAGUUGCCCUUACGACUACGUACGGAUAUAUGAUGGAAAUUCUUAUCAAAGCCUAACAAUGAGACGCUGCGAUUAUCAAGAUUCCUGGUGCAUUUACAGCCACAGUAACAUCCUUUACGUACACUUCCAAACAGACGGUUCAGUUUCCUACCCUGGUUUCACUGCCUUUUAUAAAAAAGUCUCUGAGAGAUACGCAGCCUGCAAAGUCAAUUCGAGUAAGGCUACGUAUAUUCUUGCAUUUAUCCGCAUGUCUGAUGGUAACUUUUCAAAAAAUUAUGCAAAGCAAUACCGAUAGACGCAUACUCAAGUAGAACAGGAAGAAGGACAGGCAGGCAGGCAGGCAGUGGUUUGUAGUGAGCUGAUUUCUCGGGAGUCCUCUCUUUGGGGCUGGUGUGAAAUGGUCUCUAUUCGUUUGCCUUUGACCUCCUCUUCCAGAUCCGCCAAGGAAAGCCCAAAGUACACUUUUUUGUCAUUUGCUCGCUAAUUAUACAAGCUCAUCUGUCCCCUUUUUCCCUCCUCCUUUCCACCUUUCUAUCUUCACAAAUACCAGGUUGACGAACAGAACAAGGAUGGAGAUAUUCUUGUUUUCUUGUUUUCAUGAAACUAAGUAAUUGAGUGCGGAUUAAAGCUUACUGAAUUUCGAACUGUUGGCAAGAUGUCCAGCUUGAAUGGUCUCAAGUUAGUAUUCUCUCGAUGAUCUUCACAGUCAAAAAAUUUACUUUAGCAGUACACUCCCAGGCAAAACAACUAAAAAUCACACCACUUCAGUUUUAAUAAUUUCCUUUGUUUCAGUUUGGAUCUCUGUGAAACUUGUUGUCUCCUCCUGCUCAAUAUAGCUAGAGAAUUCGAAAGAAUUUAGAACCUUGACUUUACAGUGGGAGUAAUCUCAAUUUUUAUUUGAUUUUGUAAACCUUGUAAUUGAUUUCUACUUUAGAAUUUUCUCACGCUUUAACAUCUUGGUUUACUCCUUUCGCAUUUCUUCUAAUUACUAUUUAUCAUUCACCUUUGGUAUAGGAUGGUAUUUUGUCAUAAAAAUUGUACUUACUCACUGUGAUUAUGUUUCUUCGAAUUUCAAUGUACAAUAUCGAUCCUGUGAAGUACUUUUGCAUGACUUAGCACUGAUUGCAUAUUUUUUUCUUUAUUCAUUAUCACAUUUUAAGGUGUAUGAUAGUGUAAGCUAAUCUUCUGUAGCGCUGAGAAGGACUGUUGUCGGCACUACUGACUGUCGUUUCGACAAUUAACCUGAGCAGACGUCAUCAUCAGAGUUGUGAACCCAUUUCCUGUACUUUAGGGUAUCACGAACUAAAGAAAAUGUUAGGUGACAGUCGGUGUGUCAAACGUUUUCUUUGCCUGAGCAAAGGGGUCAUAUUGGUUACAUCAUCAUUCCUGCUAGAAACUUCUUGUGUCGUUUAUUUUCAUUUACAGACAUCUCUUCAAGCACACCUACCACUUAAGUUGGUAAUUAUCUUGUUUCUGUUGUUGCUACCGCUGCCACUCCCACCACCACUAUCACUGUAGGUACCAUUACAACUAACUGAUACAACUACUACUUACACUACCACUUUCACUAACAUCGCAACCACCUUUCGGCUACACUGUUAUCACAACCAUAACCACCUCUAGUUCCACUCCUUCUACCACUAGCACUACAACGUUCAACACUAAUUUUACUACCACGACCACCACAACUAGCGCUAGUAUUUCCUUUACUAUUUCCACCACUUCUAUUGUGGAAAUUGAGAAGGUAAGAUAGUUAGGGAAACUGCGGUCAGACUGAAAAAACAGGCUUUUAAGGGAUUUAGUUACGAACAUAUCGGAUGAAAUUCGACUUAUACACAGAAAGGACGUAGUCAGAGAGGCAGAUUGACCAAAAGGAUACAACUGUUAGUAACAUUUGUCUCAGCAUAAUUCCUAGUCGAAGUCAACUUCGAAGCUUUUACGUGAUUAUCAUUUUCCUUUUACAGGUAGCGAAUCUACCUCAUCUGCUUCCAAUAUAUCACCUUCUCCAGGUAUCUCAUUAUUUUCUUUUUUAUUUUGUCUUUUUUGUAAAUGCUGUUGUUGGAUUUCAUUUUGUUAUACAUAUACUUAUAUUCUCUUUAAGAAAAAUGUACAUGCGUCAUCUGGCAGCGUUCGAAGAACCUAAUAGAUAUCUAUCAACCACAGGAGUAAUAAAAGUCUUUUUCUAUUUCCCUUUUUGAAUGAAGCAACUUCCAUAUCUUCAACGGCGUCAGCCAUGCUACCGGCUCUUCCAGGUAAGACUAGGAGUUUUAAUGAUUGCCUCCACCGUGAAACGUUAUUGACCUUGUUCAAAUGGAAUGUUAAAACUAAAAUCAUGUACACGAUAAUAGAGAAUGAAGAUAACGUUACAUUAAUCAUGUUUCAAUUUUGUCUGUUUCAGGAUCCUGUCUUUACAACUUAGGAGGCCAGUACGGAUAUUUCCACAGCCCAAAUUACCCAUCUAACUACGACCACCAUCUUUAUUGUGUUUGGGUUAUUACAGUACCAAAUGGCUACUACAUAUACCUCCGCUUUGAUCAUUUCCAUCUGGAGGGUGGUUUUGGAAGUUGCCCCUACGACUACGUGCAGAUAUAUGACGGAACGUCUUACCAAAGCCUAACAAUAAGACGCUGCCAUUAUCAAAACUCUUGGUGUGUUUACAGUCACAGCAACGUCCUUUAUGUAUAUUUUGUGACGGAUCAUUCUGUAUCCUACUCUGGUUUCACUGCUUAUUAUGAAAGAGUCCAUGAAACAUAUUAUGUCUGCCCGCAUCCAAAUGCAAGUAAGGAUAUAACCAGAAAGGUUUUACCAAUAGUAAUCUAUUUUCAUUGAAUUCUGCUUGUUAUUGAUUCGAUUUAUUUUUACAGAAAAUCUUUACAACAUUUGCGAUAUCCAUGAGUGAAUAUAUACAAUAUUCUUCCUAUUCCUGGCGAGGAAUCUCAUUUAAAAUGCCUGGGGCUUAUGACUUUACCCCCCUUAGACUUAAAAUACAGUUAUCAUGCGUGGACUUUUAUUAACUGAAGAUAGUUAAGAUAAAAAGCACAAUAGAAAAAAAAAAACAAAAACAAAAAAGAUUCUUGAGAAAAAUGCACAAAAAUACUAACACUAACUACUACGCACUCAAAUAGCAAACAAGCAUGUUUCAAAACAUGUUUAAUAUAUAUAUAUAUUUGAAGGGAAACAAGAACAAAGAAAUGCUUUUAGCCUUGAUUUUAAAAACUUUGUUCAUUAAAUUAUCUUUAUCGAUAUCAUGAGACGGGCUCUUUACUGUACUUAGCAAGUGCCACGUAACGAGUAAGUUGGUUAAAUAAACACACACACACCACACUGACUACACAAAAUCAAGCAAACAUAAAUGAUUUAAGCAGGGCUCUUUUCCAAGAAAUAAAGGGUUAAAGGGCUUGCACACCCUUUCUUAUGGAUCCUGACUUCGUACCUAUACAGUUUUUCAGUAGAUAACCUUUAGCCACCAUGAUUAUUUUCUUCCCGCAGCUCACCAUUUACCGUCGAGUACUUUCAGUGGUAUAUCUCCUUCACCAGGUACUUUUUUUUCUCAGCCAAUUAUUUACUUAUCGUUAAUUUUUCAUUUUGUUCCAAUUUGAGAGUAACUGAUUGCAAUUAUUUUCAGCAAGUUUACAUAUUGCAGGAAUGCAACAUAAUCUCGCGUGCAUCCUAUUUACCCUUCAGAGCUAAGGUGCUAGUACUUUCUUUUUUCAAAUCACAUCUAUUUUUUUUGGUUCAUUCCUUUUUAAGUUGCAUGUACUUAACAAAUAAAUUAGGAAUUACUAACAUAUCCUAUUUUUGAUCAUGCCUUCCUUGCCUUCACAGCAUCGAUAUCACCAAUGUCAACAGCCAUGCUGCCACCUGCCUCUGGUAAGACUGUAUGACACUUUAGUAUUUCGUAAAUAAUGCUAAAUUCCCGGAGAUAUGUUUAAUGUCUAAAUAAGAAUUGAUAGUCUAACUUAUGUUGUUGACUUUUUUAGGAUCCUGUCUCUACAAUCUAUAUGGACCACAAGGAAAUUUUAGUACUCCAAACUACCCACAAAACUACGGCCACAAUGUCCAUUGUACUUGGCUUAUUACGACAUCACCAGGUUCUUACAUUUUCCUCCGCUUUGAUCAUUUCCAUCUGGAGGGUAGUCAUGGAAGUUGCCCUUACGACUACGUACGGAUAUAUGAUGGAAAUUCUUAUCAAAGCUUAACAAUGAGACGCUGCGAUUAUCAAGAUUCCUGGUGUAUUUAUAGCCACAGCAACGUCCUUUACGUACACUUCCAAACAGACGGUUCAGUUUCCUACCCUGGUUUCACUGCCUUUUAUGAAAAAGUCUCUAAGAGAUACGCAGUUUGCAAAGUCAAUUCGAGUAAGGCUACGUUUAGUCUUGUAUUUAUCCGCAUGUCUGGUGGUGACCUUUCAAAAAAUUAUGCAAAGCAAUACCGAUAGACAAACACGCAGGUAAAACAGAAGGAAAGACAGGUAGGCAGCAGACUGACUGAGAGACAGACAGACAGACCGACAGACAAUUCGCUCUGACGAAGGGUAAACGCUUGAAACGUCAGUUUAGAAACUCUUUCCGGUGGCCACUCUACAUUAUCAACCUAUUUGAUAAAACCAAACUAUCUUGUUAUAUUUCCUCACCGACGCAGCACCACAGUUUCUUUUAAACCUCACUCCUUUAAAUAAACAUAUAUUCAGGCAAGAAACAAGACAACAGACUGGUGAGUAGACCUACGGAGAGACAGAUACAGAACGGGAAGAAGUCUUUGCCAUCUGGCUUAUGAGGUUACUGGCAUUUGUCAUGUGUCUCCCUGUUCAAAAAAUUCGUCAUGACGGUUGUUGUGUCUGACAAAAUUUUUCAAAUUACGCGGUUAGGAGAUUACAGUACAUUCAGAACAAUAGCAUACGUCCACAUUUUCUUGUUAAGUAAUAGACAAGCUUUGGAAAAACAUUAAUAUUCCUGAAGUGAGAAACGUGGUAACAAUACCUUUCCACUUCCUUUCACAGGUAUCUCACAAGGCAUAACACCUACUUCAGCUGGUAUUUUUUGUUUUAUUCUUCUUCUACGACUACAACAACCACUUCUGCAACUACCAUGACCUAUACCAUUAUUACCGUUACUAAUACUACGACUACUUCUUCUACUAGUUUCACUGAAAAGCAAGGAAUUUGUGUUUAUAAGGAAUUAAAUGGAAAAAUAAAAACCAUCGAACAAACACUAGCAAUAGAUAAAAACAAUUUUACCAAAGGGGUUGGGGUUGGCAAACACAAUUAAACAAAGAAUCUGUAAACUAAAGAUACCUGUUGGAAUCGUCGUGUGCGAAAUUUCCCGACUUUUUUUCAUUCAACUAAAAACAUUUAGACUCAGUGAUGACGUAACUCUUGAUGAUGAAUUCGAUGAAUGCAAGAGGAAGCCUCACCAAUUUUGUUUUCCCCACAGCUCCACGGGCAUCCGCUAGCGCAGCUCCUUCAUUUCCUUCAGGUUGUGUUUCAACCCUUUUCUAUCUCAUCUACCAUCAAAUGAAUAUAUAUUUGUAAUAUCAACUUGUGGUUUUAGUAGGUAAAUCGGAAUAGAACUCAGUUUCUUUGAAUAUGUGGAUCGUAAGGGAUUUUCAUUGGCUUAAAAGAAUCGAUUAAAAGCUCAUGCGAUUGGUUGGACACUUUUACCAAAAUGGCUCGCUAGAUUAUUAUUAUUAUAAUUAUUAUUAUUAUUAUUAUUAUUAUUCAGCUGUUUGCAGAGUUCAACAAACAGCGAUGACCAUUGACUUGCUUUAAAGCUUUUUGUGUGGCUUUCAACAUCGUUGAAUCAUCGCUAUGUUAAUAAUAAUUAGUAAUGCACCUCAUUAUUGAUGUUGUUGUCCCUUUUUGAUGUUGCUGUCUCUUUUGUCUUUAUCAAUUUGUUUUCCUCUUUUGCAUUCAGAAUGCCAUUACCACUCAUACCUAACAGAGGCAGAAAGAAGGAUGAGUUACUAUAACGGCUUCAACGGAUAUCUCCAAUGUGAUAACUUGUUACCGUUUGGAUGGUAUCGAUUUGGUGGUGCAGCAGGAACAGAGAUGCCUACGUCCUGUGUAGGAAAAAAUCGAUGUGGCACCCAUGCACCGGGUUGGUUGAAUGGCUCGCACCCGCGAGCAAUUGAUGGAAUUGUCCGUGCUAAAGUGUGUUUCCAUUGGGGUUCUGAUUGUUGCUUGUGGUCUGCCAGCAUCCGCGUUCGUAACUGUAGCGGUUUCUACGUGUACGAGCUUGUGCCCCCGCCAACUUGUCACCUUCGUUAUUGUGGUAAUGGUGGAGGUAAGACAUACAGGCGUACAAUUAAUGUAAGAAACAGCAGACAGAAAGACAGACAAUUGCAAGAGACACUCAAAUAUCAGACAGACAGACAAAUGGUUUAGAGGCAAACAUACAGACAAACAGCAGACACAUUCAAAUGGACAAACAGGGAUAAACGAACAACAUACAAAUGGACGGACCGACCACAGACUGACACACAAAAAAAGAAAGUAAAGCCGUGAUGGAGCUUGUGAUAUAGAUUAAAAGGAGGGUUGUAGAGACAGAACAUAUAAUUUAUAACGAGUGAGGUCAUAGUAGAUACCAUAUAUGCCUUUAUCUCAAUACGAGUAAGAAGUAGGAUUUUUACGCAAACAUUUCACUGUUCACGUGGUUAAAUUAUGGCCUGAAUUAAAAAAAGGAAAGCUAGGAAUCCCGGUGAAUCAUCCGACCAAUCGAUCAAUUAAUCCAUCGAUAGCUGAAUAAACGAAGCUUACAUCUCUCCGGUUAAAUCAUUGGAGAAACCUCGCAGAUUGUAUUCGUUUAUGAGGAAACGUAAGUUACAUUUAAAUUAAAGGUACUAUGAUUGUGAUUGACUGAAUGAUGUCAAUGAAUAUUCAUUUAUUUUGUUUUCAGCUCUAAAUCCAACUAGUAUCGCACCAACACCCAGUGAGUACCUUUUCUUUUAAAAUGAAUUUAGUUUCAGCUGUUCUACUCCGAUUGAUUUUUUGUGAUUUCUUCGUAAACAGGACGAACUGAAAUGCAUGUGUAAGAUUAAACCGAAGACACUCUACCACUUCUAAAAUUCUUUAUUCCUCUCUGAUUAAAUUACUGAAGAAAUAGUCGUCUUAAGAAUAUUGGAUGAACGAAAUAUAUCUUAUGUCUGAGCCUAAAAAUGUAAUUAUGCAUUUUUUUAAAAAUAAUACUUAGUGGUUAUGAAUUUCAAUACUUAGUACAGUCAUUCUUAUUCAUUCUUGCUUUUUAAAGCCCAGUCUAUUGCCGCCGUUACCCCGGCUAUUCCUGGUAAGUGAAGCGUGGUAGAAAUCAAAACAUACCCUUGUAGCAUUUUAAGUGAAGGUGUUAAUUUGGAUGCUACAUGGUGUGAAUUUCUAUGAAGUUUAAUUGGAGCCAGCCACAUAGAUCUCGGUUCAGAGUUAAACGAUUCCGCUGACCACUAAAUCAGUGUAAAAGAUGGUGUUAACUGGAUCGAUGGUGGCAAACGUCCUGCAUAAUACAAGAAUAGGAAUGCAGAAUGUGUGUUUUUGCGCAGUUAGGAUGUAAAUAAAGAUGGUAAAUUAAUUUGAAACUUGGUUAUGUAAAUGAACGCUGAGUCAAUGCUUUUCUCAAGGCCUUAGACCUAUGCCCUAUCUGAAGCGAGGAUACUUUGCUGGCGCGAACUUUCCAGAUAACUAUCCAGUCAGCAUGAAUACAAAUAGACGAUCACUAUAAAUCAGAGACCAAAGAAUCCAUUUAAGUUCAAUAUAGUAGUUUUUUUAUAUAUAUAUUUAAAUUCUCUCUCUCAUAGGAAACUGUUUCCACCACCUCAACCAACCUUCGGGUAGCUUUGAGAGUCCAGGCAAACCAGGUUGUUACCCGAACAACAAGCACUGCGCCUGGCUGCUCGAAGCUCCUGUUGGUCAAUACAUCGAGCUACGUUUCUAUUCUUUCCAUUUGGAAUACGGAUCUUCUAACUGCCCGUGGGAUUAUGUCGAAAUUCUUGACGGCAACUCAUUGCACAGUCCUAUUCUUGUCAAGGCGUGCGGCCAGUUGGCAUGGUGGAGAUUGUACAGUAGUGGGAGGUUCCUCAUGGUGCUGUUCAAUUCGGACGGUAUUAUCGGGAUGCCUGGAUUUUCUGCUUAUUACCGAGCUUCAUAUUAUAGUAAGAGGAAUAAAUUAAUUCCUUUAAAACCUUUCUUAAAUAACAAUGUUUAGUUGAAAGUUUCGUGGUGUAAAUGAUAUAUUUUAAGGGCUUCGGGUAAGUCAAUUUGAAUUAAAAAUUUAAACGAAAUUGCAAGUUGAAACGGUUUUCAAGGUUAGUCAAGUCGUACCUUCCAAGUAGUAAAUUGUUUGGACUUAACGAGUUUUAAAUAAUUUAAUAGAGAUAAGCUACAGCUAACUCUUAGAAUCGUAAAUAACAUCUUGCGCUUAAUGUUAGAAGCUUUUUUUCUUGACAUAUACAAAUCCAAGCUCUUCCUCGUACGCAGGAUACAACAUUCCAUUACCAAGCCAACAAGUGUCAAUAACAAGCCCAGUGCAGUGUUUUCCUACGCAGACACAAACUGCCACCCCUUUCACGUCAAAUGGUAAGUGAACGAAACCUGUGCUUAUAACACACGCUUUUUUGUAAUGAUUUACGCUUAUCUAUCCGGAGUUUGCCAUAUUUUUUUGAACAACCUUCUCGCCCAAGCGUAAUUUCUUUUUAAACCUCCAGUUUGUCACAUAAUGAUCAUGUUUCGAAAAAAUUAUGUAACGAACGCACCGGUAAAUUUAUCAGCAUAUAUUAACUUUGUCAUUGAUUUCUAAAAUAUGCCGAGAAAUGACCUAAAUCUAACAGUAAUUUACAGUGAUACAAUACAAGGUAAACGAAAAUUGAACGGAGAAAGGACAGCAACAACGUAAUGGCAGUUAGAAUACGUGUUCAAAACGAAAACUCGAGAAUAAGCCGACAUGGAGACACUAGCAGAAAACCAACAAAUUUGGCGUGAAAACUUUUAAAGCUUUAACUCCCAGAAGUGAUAAUUAUGUAAUUUCUCUCUAUAAUAUCCAUACAUCAUCCAGCAAACAGGUAAUGGGAAUACUCAAUCUUAUCAGGAAGCAGUUAUUAUAUUGAUCUAACACCAAAUUCUGUAUAGCAACUAGAGGGGAGAAUUAACAACCAGAUUAUAGUUGUAACUAGUUAUAAUUGAAACCGCUGAAAGACCAUGCAAUAAGUACAAAAAUUUACAAUUGAAAUUUUGAAUUAAUUAUUUAUGCUGAAAGAAUUAACCGGAUACACCAAAUACACCAACGGACUAAGUGAGUGAGGAUAAAAAUAACAGUAGAAGAACUGUCUAUUCUUGUUUACAGUGCACGGAAUCCAACCAACACCUGCUUCUGCAAUGACAUCGACUUUCUAUGCUGCUUCAAGUGUAAAUGUCCAGCCAGAUCCUUCCCAGUUCCAGUUUCAUUUACCGGCGCAAUGCGAACAAAGUUGUCACAACACGUUAGGAAGUUACACUUGCUCUUGCGUUAGUGGAUACCAACUGGCCGCGGACGGGAAAUCGUGCUCAGGUAAAAUUGAUUCUACGAAAAUAAGUUUUGAGACUUUUUGUUUUUGAUUCAUUAUUAUAGUCUCGCAAUAGAUUUUCGUAGAACAGAAAAAUACAAAAACGCUCUCUUUGACGCGUGCCUGAUUGAAAUAACAGAUUGUGUUUUUGAUGUUCAGCUUAAAUCCCAAUUUAUCGUUUGACGCGCGCCGGCCGUUUUAAACUUUACAAAGGUUACCGAUCGAUGAGCCCUUUACACCCAUACAUCAGAAUGCAUAUUCUCCAUACUGUUCUACACACACUUCUUGAUGUGUUGACAAGGAGAAUUUGUGUGACUUCUUUAGUUGGUGAUCAUUUCCUUUAUUCUUAUUACCUCUACGUAUGAUUUAGGGGUGAUAAUGUAAGGAACAAAAUGAAAUGUUAUUCAUUCCUAAGGUUAACGAUAUAGACCUCAGAAUGCCCUAGUUGCUCUCCUCCUCUCGUGCGCGCUUUCCGUUCCCCUUAAGUGCCCAUGGUAAGUUUAGCUUACUAUUUAAAUGUUUGAGGUGGCUGUGUGUUUCUCUUCAAUUAAUUUAUAACUUAUUUUUUUUCCCUUUCUCGCAGACGUUGAUGAAUGUUUGAUCAAUAAUGGUGGCUGCAGCCACCAUUGUUACAAUAUCCCUGGAUCAUAUUAUUGUGGCUGUCCGGAAGGAACCAGUAUGGGUGCUAACAAUUUGACUUGUGUUGGUAAGGAAUGCUAAGCUAAGCUUUUCUGCAUAUGGUCACUGAAGGAAAAUUCUGCUUCUGUUAAGAAUGGGAAUAAACAACGAUCACCAAGGAAAGACGACUGACCGUUCCUUUAAGUGUAUGUAUAUUUUUUCGGGAAAAGUAUGAUUUUUUUAUCCAAUGCAACAGCAGGCUUGACAAGAUUCUUAGCAGCACUAAUCAGUCUUAGGACACUUUUUCGGAGCCGGACCUUAUUUUGUUACCCCUACUGUCCAAAAGAUACACGUGUUCGCUCAAUUGGAAGGAAAGUAGAAAAACAUUGUGGAUGCGUGGUAAUUUUUUGUGACUCAACUAUCUCAAAGUUAUUAUGGAUUAAGCACGAGUAGUUGAGACACAUUUAAAUCCUGCUUAAUUUAAGGCUAUUGCUUUUAAUUUCAUCCUAGAGCCUGGUGUGUCUGUUAACUGCAGUGACAUUAUAACGGUUGCCUUAGAAAAGAAGACAUUUCCAUUUUUUGACGUUGCCCGACUACACUUGAGGUACUCAUCAUGUAAAGCCACACAGAAUGACACCCAUCUGCUGAUCAGCACUCCUUUGAAUGGUUGCGGAACACUGGUCAACGAGACUGAAGAUGAUCUGAUCUUCUGGAAUGAAAUCCGAACGGAGGUGGUCCUUAUCGACAAUGUCAUAACUAGAUCACAUGACGUCAAAAUUCCAUUUUAUUGUAGUUAUUCGAGAAGGAAAUGGGUCAACCUGGGUUUCAAGCCUCAGCAUCUACACUUUGGAACAGAAGGUAAAUAAACCUUUCCAGCCCUCGUUCUGAUCACUGCAAAUCAUCAACAUGUAUCUUUAGCUGAGGUACUUUCCUCCUGAGGAAGACGCCAUCCUUUCAUCACUAGAGUAGAAGGCAAAUUUGUUUCAAACUUUAACACGUUCAUGUGCUGAAUGACUCUAUCUUUUUCCGUUUUCCAGCUGGGUAUGGAAACUUUACCUUUAAAAUUGACUUUUACAAGAGUUCGUCAUUUUCCACACCCUAUACUGAGCAGGACUACCCGCUGAGCGUGCCAGUCAAUCAGUAUUUGUAUGUGAGAUACAGCGUGGAAUCCAGUGCUGAUCUGGCGAUAAUGGCUGUGACAUGUAGGGCCACUAAAACUGGAAGCUUGUACUCCUGGCCACAAUACUCUAUUAUACUGAAUGGGUAUGUAUGUUACUCAAACAUAUUAGUAGGAAUGAUCUUCCUGGAAAAAAUACGCAAGUUUCAGUCAAGUAGUCGACGAUUCGUUAUUUCAUAUCACCUAGAUUUCUUUCUAUAAAGACAUCUAUAUGCUUAAGUUUCGUCGUCCCCUGUGCUGCGAAAGCUAAAUGCAAAGUAUGGAGGUGAUCGGUGUUACUGAAGGACAACUUCAAACGUUUUACUGACUCUAACGGAUGGACUUGGACCAUAUAGGCCAUCAUCACAAUAUUAUUCCGGGGAAAACCUAAUAGUACAAAAACAAAAUCCUUUUUACAUUUCCUUACCAAAUAUUCAAGCUUUUGAAAAGCUAAAAUUACCAAGAAAAAUCUAUAAAGAGUUUAUCAGUGGCUGCAUGAAUUAGAAAGAAACAGACUGAGGUUACAAUGAGAAAAAUAUCCCACUGGUGCGCAUGAAUUAUAACUUACUUCUUACUUUCACUACCUACAGUUGUCCGCGAGAUACAACCAUGGAAUACAACUUUGAUCCCCAAAGGAAUUACCAGCAGUUUAAAAUCAGAGCAUUCAGAUUCUUUAACGACUACGAUCAGGUGUACAUUCACUGCGAAGUUUUGGCCUGUCAUAAAUACUCUUCAAACUCCAGGUGAAUUAACAAACUCGUACAGCCAUACUAAAAGCAUUCUCUUGAUUGAGUGUCAUUGAGAUGAAGUCUGUACUCGAGCCUACUGACCCGUUCAGCCGGGGUUUAUCCCAGUUUCCCUAUAGCAUGAAGCGACUAGAAAUAAGACUGCUUCCCCGUGGAUGUGAUGCAUCGCAAGGUUACCCCACAGCAUUUCAUUAGGCCUCCCUGACAAUUCGUGGGUACCCAUUUAUACUGACUUUUCGAGCGUUAGCCCUUCGUCAGAGCGAUAGACGAAGGGCGAAUGUUCGAAAUGUCAGCUUUUAAACUCUUUACAGUGGCCAAUUUACGUUAUCAACUCAGUUGACAAUACUAAAUUACCCUAUUAUACUAUCCCAUCGACGCAACACCACAGUCUCUUUAUAAAUUUACCUCCUUUAUCCAUCUACACUUCUGGGUGGAAAGAGGCAGUGUGAGAGUAAAGUGUCUUGUCUAAGAACACAACACAUUGACCCAGCUGGGUAUCGAACCAAGACCUCUCGACCAUGAGUCCAGUGCACAAACACAACACAUUGACGCGGCCAGGUCUCGCGCCAGGACCUCUCGGAGUCAGUGCACUGAUUAUUAGGCCAUUAUGUCUCCCACAUUAGUGUGGUUAACAAACCUGUUGAUCCUUUAGCUCCCAUGAGUGACCAAGACAGAAUUGUUCCCUAUGGUAUCAAUACAAUGUCAAGCAGACAAGUGAUAACAAUAAAGAAAAAUACCUAUGAGGGCAUGAUUAGUUGAUCUACUACCAAAUUCUCUAAACAAACAUAGUGAGAAUAAUAUGGCAGACAGUAAGGAGAAUAAGUAAUGGUAUCUUGAGAGUGAAGGUAAAUCGAAGUGAUCACAGGGCCCAAUCUGAAAAAGUUACAUGAUAACGGCCCGUAAAUAGAGAGAUAUCACAAGUCAGUUACAACCGGUUUAGCUCAAGUACUUUAUUUUUUCCCUUCGAUACUCAACUGGAAUUGCUUCGUUAACGUUUGCAAUUGGCUACCUUUACUAGUACAAAAUGCAUAUCAAACUGAAGAUGCCACAGCCUCUCCCUUACCGACUUACGUCAUUGCAGGACAACAUCAAAACAAUCAGUGACACCAACAAAUAGCCAAGGAACCUCACCAUCACUUAACAUUAUUCUUUAAUGAGACAGGAAAUAUUGUUAUUCAUCGCUGCAAUCCGGCGAUACAAUUGAGAUCCUUACUAUGAAGAGUGACACGAACGAUUAAUUAUUGUUCUAUAUCUUGAAUAGUUGAAUUAAGAUUAUGAAGCAAAAGUAAACAUUUUAUCGAACUAGACCAAUUUGUCCCAGCAACACUGUAGGCAAGAAGAUGCCGAAUAAACAUUUAUCACUAACAAACAUCACAGCCACCCUUGAGAAAUUUGAGUGCAAUAUGAUUUCGUCACUCACAAUAUAACAAAGGCGUUAGAAGCUAAUUCAAAUCUUCUUCAACAACCUUGACAGGUGCACCCAAAGUUGUUUAGGCAGUAAGAAGAGAAAGCGGAGGGAUGUUACCCGUGACGAAACAGAACAUGAAGAGAGUACUACCAAAGUCACUCUUACACGAGGACCACUGAUCAUUCAACAGGACGAAGAACCAGGAGGCAAGUUCACAUAUAAUGUGAAAAGAUAAGGGAUUGAAAUAGAAAAGGUUUUCUCAAAUACUGCAGAGCUUAUGUUAAACAUGUCAACAACGCUGUCUUGCCUAAAUUUCAAAUUUUCCUAGUUUGUCACUGGUUCAGAAAUAAUAAUGAUGAUGAGAAAAACUUUCAAAACACAACUUAAAAAAGGAAAUUCAGGUCCUAAUAUGUAAGUCGCAUUUUCAGUUUCUCUAUUGUCAAAAAGAAAAAUAUGAGUAUUGAAGGAUUUUGAAAAUAGGUAAACUAAGGCGAUUUUAGAUCAAGUUGACAGUUGAUUUUAGUUUCUUGCUUAUAAAUAUUAAGUUGUUUCCCUCUCUCUUUUCUUCAACUAAUUUCAUUAACAGAAAUAAGAAAAAUGAGAUUGAGUUAUUUUUUCAAUUUUAAAUGUUUCCCUAUCUUCGGUCUUCAUUUGAGCUGUGAUUCCUCUCCUGCACUCAAAUUUCAGAAACUGGUCAAAACAAGCAAACUGCGCUGAUAGGUGGCGUAGCAGGCGCUGGAGGAUUUGCUCUGGUUGCAGUUGCUGCAUUGGCUGUUUUAUUUGUCAAGUACCGCAUUGCACGACGGUUCAUAAACAGAAACAAGGUUGGAGACCUGUACACAACCCAAGAUGAACAGCUAAGCAGAAGAAAUGCUUACGUUCAGCCUGAAGACAUGGUCGAACAAGAAGACUCCUUCUAA